GGUUUAGAUAUCAUUGUGAGCAAAGGAUGUAUAAAACGGUAACCAGUAGGUUUCCUGUUCGAAAAUGAUGCAUGGCGGUCUAGAUUGGUGAGAAGGAUUUUGGAAAAUAUUAAGAAAAAAAAUUUAAAUGGAGAGCAACACAAUAACUAUACCUUCUUCAAUUCCUGACCAGUUAACUGUAGAUGAUGAAGUCACUCAAAUAACUGAUUGUUCAGAGGAGGAUUCUAACCCACCAUUACAGACAUCUGACCAACUUUCUAGUAAUACGGAUGGCUUGGCAGAAAAUUCAGUCGUUGAUAGUUUCGUUGGCAGUACUGUUAUGCAGGCAGGCAGCCUAGAUGGAAGUGUUGUCAUUGAUGCUGGCAACCUGGAAGGAGGUACUGUCAUUGAUGCAGGCAGCAUGGUAGUAAGUUCUGUCAUUGAUGCAGGUAGUCUUGAAGGAAGUACAGUCAUUGAUGCAGGUAGUCUUGAAGGAAGUACGGUCAUUGAUGCAGGCAGCUUAGUAGUAAGUUCUGUCAUUGAUGCAGGUAGUUUGACAGGCAGUACAGUAAUCGCUGCCAGCAGUUUGGCUGGAACAACAGUUGUAAAUGCAGGAACAUUGCCAUCAGAACAGUCUAAUCACCUUGAUAUGUCCAAUGCCAAGGUCACCAGUAUGGAGCAUAUUCAGAAUGUAAUGAGUUUCCCUACUUCCUUGGACACUCCAUCUACUGUUGUGGAUAUAAGUCAUAUUGUACAGCAACUAAACACUUCAGUAACACCCCCAGCCAUUAUAACUGGAGAUGGAUCUCAGACAGUACAGGCUGUUACUCUGUCAGAUGGCACUACAGCUUUUAUACAACAUCCAAAAGGAGGAAAAUUUUUGGAAGGACAGACCAUUACAUUAGAGGAUGGUACUACAGCAGUUGUUCAAGUUACUAACUUAUCAGUUCACCCAUCAUCCAUGUCAAAUGAAGCAGAUACAAUUCUACAUGAGAAUACCUCAACAUUGGAGAAUUCUGUUCAGGGAGACCACUCUAUCCAGCUUGAGGAUGGAACAACAGCAUACAUUCAAAAUACAGUCAAAGAUGGCACUAACAUACAAGCAUUACAACUAGAAGAUGGCACAACAGCUUAUAUAACACAUCCAUCAGCUAUUUCAUUGUUUGGGGAUACUGCCCUUGAUGCAUCAGCUAUCAACCUGGAACAGUUCACCUCACAGGCAGAUGGAGUCAAACAAGAGGGCAGUCUACAAUCGUUACAGUUCACUAAAGGACAGAUAUUACCAGGACACAUAACAGUAAUCACAGCUGGUAUGGGAGCAGAGAAAACCUUGUCAGAAAAGUUCAUGAGUAAUAUUGGAGAGAGAGCUUUCAGAUGUAAUUUUGAUGGAUGUGGUAGAUUGUUUACAACUCAGCACCAUCUAAAGGUGCACGAGAGGUCGCAUACUGGAGAUCGACCAUUUAAAUGUGAAAUAUCAGGAUGUGGUAAAGCUUUUGCUACUGGAUAUGGUCUCAAAAGUCACACAAGAGUCCAUACUGGAGAAAAACCUUAUAAAUGUCCAGAGAAAGACUGUGAUAAAGCAUUUAAAACAUCUGGAGAUUUACAGAAACAUGUUAGAACCCAUACAGGAGAAAGACCAUUUAAAUGUCCUUUCGAAGGCUGUGAUAGAUCAUUUACAACUUCAAACAUCAGAAAAGUCCACAUAAGAACACAUACUGGAGAACGACCGUAUGUGUGUACUGAGGAAGGGUGUGGUCGUGCUUUCGCUAGUGCUACAAAUUAUAAAAAUCAUAUCAGAAUACAUACAGGGGAGAAGCCUUAUGUUUGUACAGUAGCAGGUUGUGGGAAGAAGUUUACUGAAUAUUCAAGUCUAUAUAAACACCAUGUAGUACAUACUCACUCUAAACCUUACAUAUGUAAUAGAUGUGGUAAAACAUAUCGACAGACAUCCACUCUAGCCAUGCAUAAACGGACAGCACAUGGCGAGGAGGUGACUGCAGAAAGUGAGGCAGAAUUAUAUGCUCAACAACAGCAACAUAUUACAGAGAAUGGAAGUGAAGGUGAGACUGGAGAGCCCCUUGCCAAGAAAGUUAAAUUUGAGUAUGCUUUAACUACUACAGAAGGAAAUGACACAUUGGUGAUAAAUAAUGGGAACAGUGGAAUGGAAUCUACACAGUCUCAGGAAGAUACAGAUAAUAACACAACAGUUAUACAGAAUACACUUCCUGGCACCAUGACAUUAGAUCAACUACAACAGCAAGGAGGAGUCACUGCCAUAUCUGUUUUAGAAAAUGGACAACACGUAUAUGUAAUCACUGAUCCUUCACGACUAGAAGCCUUACAGCAAUUAGCUCAGCAGCACCAACAAGAGGCAAAUUCUGUAGAUGAUAUUGUCAAUGCUGGAGAAGAAUGUGGACUGAGCACAGAGGAAUCAUCAUUAACUUGUGAAGAUCUAAACACAGAAGAACCUCCACUAAAUAUAGACAAUACAAUGACUGUUGUGGGGGAUAUUGAAUUCAAAGAUGAUUGAUGUUAGUCUUAAUUUAAUUGAUUGUAAUACAGUGUACUAUGUUAAUGUUUGGAGAAGUUGUAAUGGAUUAGUAUAUGUCAGUGGUGGCAGUAAGCAAAGUUAUGCAUACCUGAACAUUAAUCUAAAAAUUGCAUUGGUUAAUAUACAAAAUGUUCAGGAUUCUGAAUGGUCCAUUAUUCAAGCAUUCAAGGGAUGUUAUAGAUAAGGGGUAUUCUUGAAGGAAGCAAGAGGACAUUAAUGUUAUUGUUUAUUCAUAUUGGCUGUAGGCUUUAUUGGUGAGAAAAUCAGUGAGUAUUGAUUUGCUGAGCAGCGCUCAGUGAGUCCUGUGCUAUAAAUCUGGUGACAUAAUCAAAUCUGUUUUAUUUUAGCCUGAAUAAAAACGAAAGUCAUG